AUGCAGGAUGUGAAAAGAGCCCUUUGCAAUGGAAUUGAGACCUCAGGUGGACUUAAUGCACUGGUGCUAAUUCAGAUAUUUAGCUCUAAUGCUAAGUUGACAGAACCAGCCUGUACUACAGCAGGUGACCCUUUAAACUGGAUGGUGUCUAGAGACACCAUGUUUCAUUCGCAGCAGAGUCCAGUUCUUGCCAAGCCGUCGCAGAAACAUCUCAAAGUGUUUUGCACACAGUUAAUGGCUUUGAGGUGCAGUGGCUGUUUUUAUGUGGGCAAAGUGGAUGAAAGUUCAACCAACGAAGAUGAUCUAUGCCUCUACAGCACAAUUAACGUGGAGGUCCAUGCUCACCAAUGCCCUCUUAGGAUAUGGUUCCCUCGUGAUCCAAAGUCACAGUUCAAUAUGAAGAAGCACUUGCCAAAUGUCAUCUUGCGAAUAUUUAUCUAUAACACAAAAUUGCUAGUUGUGCUUGGACUAUACUUCCCCAGGAAGACUUACCAGACGACUGUAUACGUGGGUCAGCCAGCAGACACUCCGCUCCUCCAGGUCUAUGCUUUACCUGAUGAAGGGGAUCGCACAGCCUAUUUUGGGUUCUGCAACAAUCUGUUAAACGGAUUUCGACAGCAGUGGUUCAGGAUUGAUGAGCGAUCCGGGGUCUUUUACCUUAACAAGACACUGGAGGAGAGUGACCUCAAUCUGCUGGGUAACAUGGGUGGACCUGAAUUAUAUAAGAUCACACUUCACAUCUUUGCUGUUCCCAAACCACUUCAAAAGAAGGAAUGUAAGGCACAGGUGAUAGUUAUUGUGGUGAAUAAAAGCCCACCCUCCUGUGCCAAUAUCACAGUGGAAGACUUAUGCUUCGGAGAAGUGGAUUCGAAGGUUCAAAUUAUUGAGAACACGUACCCUGGUACAUUCUUUCAAAUGAACUCCUUGCCAAACCAGUACCAGUGCCAGUUUGCAAACAUCUCCUAUCAUCUAGGAACAGAUGGCCCCAUUCCGUUCAGGAUUAAUGAGGAGACAUCAGAGGUCAGUGUGGAAAAGUCACUGGACAGGGAGCAAAGGGAGACGUACGAAAUGAUUGUCAAAUGUACCUUGCGGAUGCCUGCCCAAGUGAUUCAAGUUGGGAGGUCCUUGCACGUGACUGUCCUUGACAAAGGUGACAACACUCCCUACCUCCCUGGCGGUAAUGACACUGCUGAGGCUUUCGUUGAAUUCAACAGGAAAGAGCACACGGUGGUGGCAGCUCUCUUUGUGUACGAUACCGACAGCACCACUAAAUACACAACAACGGUGAUGAGGAACGAUACGUGGAUUACAGACAACUUCAGAGUGAAGGCCACCCCUUUGGAGAUACCUGCCAGCAUCGAAAGCCCUGCUCGAGGGACUGUAAACAGAUACGAGCUGAUACUGAAGAAAAACCUGUCCAUCUCUGAGAACCGAUCAUUUAGCUUGGAUGUCCUGGUCCGCGAUACAGAAUACAGCGGCUCUGACAGCUCGGUGAUGCUGCAUUUCAACGUCACAGUCCGGCCAAUCAUCAUUGAAUUCACUGAGAAAACGUUCCGCUUCUCAGUGAACAGGAAUGCAGGCCGUUCUGCAAAGAUUGGAAGAAUUUGCAUAGCGAACUGUCACAACUUUCAAGCAUUGAAUAUAACCUACACACUGGUGUCCCUGAUCCAAGCUGAGGAGAAUGCUACACAACAGGACAAAAACUGUUCCUCCAUUGUUGGGGUUCUUAAGAGAGCCGAGGAUAUAUUUGGGUUCCUGUACGUCAAUGAUGUGAAAGUGUUGAGAAACAGUUCUUGCUCCAAACUUCACUAUAACAUCAUCGCUAAUGAGUCAUUGAGCAAGGAGGAGGCAAAAGCCAGCAUUAUUGUCACGCUCGAGGGCACAUACACUGACAAGAGUAACAAUUGUCCCAAAAUCUGUGCGACAAACAAGCAACGUUCUGAGUGUGAGGAAUGUGGUGGCCUUGGAACAUUAACCGGGAAAUGCCAGUGGCGACAGGGCUUUGAAAAAGGUAUAUCAAAAAACUACUCAACUUGCUCAUCAGACCUCUCCAGCUGCCCUGAUGGAUAUUGUGAUGUUGUGGAGAAGAAGAAGAGUACGUGCCCUCAAGAUUGCAUCGAAUGGGACAAAGUUGUCGGUGGAUUUGAACCUGGAGAGCUGGGAGGAAUUAAAGGAGGUUUUGGAACUUGUGUCUGCUAUUCCGAUAAUAAAUGCGUAUGCCAAAAGGAUGACAUUGUUGAGCUGAUUUGCGAUGAUCUGUGUAAAACCAUCAUUGCAGCUGCAGUGCUGCUGUCGUUCAUUUUGUCUGUGCUGCUCUCUUCCUACUUCAUUCACCGAUACCACAAAAACACUCCCAAACCUCCCAUUGCCUCAGCGGAAAUGACUUUCAGGAGGCCAGCUCAGGCCUACCCAAUCAGCUACUCCUCAAAUAAUAUCCGAAGGCCUUCCAUGGAUUCCAUGGAAAAUCAAGUGGCAGUGGAUUCUUUCAAGAUACCAGAGGAUCCCAAGUGGGAAUUCCCAAGGAAGAACCUAGUCCUAGGUAAGACCCUUGGGGAAGGAGAGUUCGGGAAAGUAGUGAAGGCUACAGCAUUCAGGCUCAAGGGAAAAGCAGGCUAUAUCACUGUGGCAGUCAAGAUGUUAAAAGAAAAUGCAUCUCAGAGUGAGCUGCGGGACCUCUUAUCUGAAUUCAACCUGCUGAAACAAGUCAGCCAUCCCCACAUUAUCAAACUGUAUGGAGCCUGCUGUCAGGAUGGUCCUCUGUAUCUUAUUGUGGAAUACGCCAAAUAUGGGUCCCUGAGGAGUUUCCUGAGGGAAAGUCGCAAAGUUGGCCCCAGUUACUUGGGUGAAGGCAAUCGAAAUUCCAGUUACCUGGAUAAUCCGGAUGAGCGGGCCCUGACAAUGGGAGACUUGAUAUCCUUCGCUUGGCAGAUCUCUCGUGGAAUGCAGUACCUGGCUGAAAUGAAGCUUGUCCAUCGUGACCUGGCAGCACGGAAUGUUCUGGUAGCUGAGGGACGUAAGAUGAAGAUCUCCGAUUUUGGCCUCUCCAGGGAUGUGUAUGAGGAGGACUCUUAUGUAAAGAGAAGCAAGGGUCGGAUUCCCGUCAAGUGGAUGGCGAUCGAGUCUUUGUUUGAUCACAUCUACACCUCGCAGAGUGAUGUAUGGUCAUUUGGCAUUCUCCUUUGGGAAAUAGUGACACUGGGUGGAAAUCCAUAUCCUGGAAUUGCCCCUGAACGCCUCUUCAAUCUCCUGAAAACGGGAUAUCGGAUGGAGCGACCGGAAAACUGCAGUGAGGAAAUGUAUAACUUGAUGCUGCGAUGUUGGAAACAAGAGCCAGACAAACGGCCUACAUUUGCAGAAAUCAGCAAAGAGCUGGAGAAAAUGAUGGUGAAGAGUCGGGACUACCUGGAUCUUGCAGCCUCCACACCGUCAGACUCCCUGCUCUAUGAUGAUGGAGUGGCUGAGGAAGAGACGCCAUUGGUAGACUGUAAUAAUGCUCCCCUCCCUCGGUCCCUCCCCUCCACAUGGAUUGAAAACAAACUCUACGGCAUCUCGUAUCCCUGCUGGCCUGAAGACAGCCCUGUCCCCAUCACGAGAUUCGAUGGAACUAACUCAGUCUUUACAAGAUAUGCAAAUGAUAGUGUUUAUGCAAACUGGAUGGUGUCACCUACAGUUGUAAAAUUGAUGGAGCGGUGUGAUAGUUAA